AUGGACAUCCAGCCUCGCUGCGAGAAUGUGCUAUUCACAGCACCAUCUCUUCCGGCAAAUCUCUUUGAUCAAGCAACAACAUUACAAGCCAAUACUGUUGGAGUGACAACGAAGCGCCCGGUGUCAGUCUUCAUCAAGCCCAACCGCAAUGCCCGCCUGGGCGCUGCAGCGGCCGCCGCCCGCGCAGCAUGCGACGACAACGAGGACAUGUCAUCGGACGCUGAGCUGGCAGACUCCAUGCUGAGCCCCAAAUGCACUUCAGAUGCCGCCAAUGCCAACCGGGUGAUCAACAGCUUGCUGGGGACUAUGCCCGCCCUGCCGGGAUCCCCAACACUCGAAAGCUCCGACGUGCCGGCCGCUGUACGGCUCAUCAAACUGACAUCUGCGCUAAGCAUCUUCCAAAGGGAUCGGGGCUCAUCACUAGGCACCACCGAGGGUGGCGAUUACAGCUCAAACCCGGGCGAGAGCAGCCCGCGAAUGAGGCCCACCAAGUGCCACUCCGAACGCGGUGGCAGCUCCAGUAUCGGCAGCGGGGCAACGGCCAUGGAUGGCCCAUCGACUCAAGCCGCCAUCGCCGCGCGCAGGAGGCGUGCACUAGCGCGCAAAUCGGUUGACGCUGCGGCGGGUGCAGUGAUGCUGUCCACGCGGCAAGCUUCAGAACUGUCACUGGGGCCAGGGACGACUGCAGCGGCUUUGGCAGCGGACAACCAAGCGAAGGAGGAGGAUGCGGAGGAAGGAGUCUCGGCCGGAUCGCUGUCUGCGGCCAUCAAUGCUGCAGCUGCAGCUGCUGCCGAUCGAGCUAGAGCGGGUGCUCAAUCUAUGGCGACUGCAGCUGUGGCUUCCAUUACCGCAUCGAGCUCUGUCGCCAGGCAGUGUUCAUGGCAUCAUAAUUCCAUUGAGCCUUCCCGCAGCACUAGAACACCUCCCUCCCCAGUUUCACCCCUUCAGAAUCCAAUAAAAUCAAAUCUGUUCGGACACAAGUCGGCGCGCGAGUGGCUGCAGGCCCGUGGUAGCGCUCCCGGCUCGACGGAAAAGGAGGAGGGCUUCGGUGCGCUGCGGCAGCAAGAGCCGGAGGGAAAGACGCGACCCCGGUGGUUAGAGAGACUCCUGCGGGCCUUCCACGCAGAGAGAGUGUACCGUGCUGGGAAGGUUGCCAGCGGCGGCAGCAGCUGCGGCCACGACUGCUCCAGAUAUAGCCUCGAGGACGAUGGCCGGGCUGAUGGCCGCUACGAGGACGGCUCCUACGGCGACCAGCUCAGUCCGGGCAGCAGCGGCGGAAAACUUUCUAAAGACGAGGAGCUGGCCAGUGGCAUUACCGGUGACCGACCUAGCAGAGGCAAAGGCGGCGGAGCCGGUACUGUGAAGGUCGAUGAUGAUGAUACGGGCAGGGCGCACAGCGCUAUCUUGCGCAGCCCUGUUGACCAGCUCAUGGCCGCCACCCGUCUCCUCAGCAGCCGCGGGCGUCGUUCACGCUCGGGCAGUGACCAGCGGCCGCCGUCCGUCAUGACCUCGCGCGAUAGCACCACUGUCCACCGGGCGCGCUUGGCGCAACAGGUCCGCCUGCAGCACGCAGCCGUUGCCCCCUCCACGGCACCAAUUACUUACCAGCAAGUGGGCAUUGGGCCGCGGAAUUCAUUCGGCGAUGAGUCUGUACCAUCGGAAGAGGCCAGCAACACCAUCCGUGCCGUAACUGCGAAGGGUGCAGCUGGCAGCGCCUCCGUUAUCGGCGUCUCCGUGACAGCGUUCGCGCAUGCUGCCGCCGCCAGCAAGGGCGUCGCCAGAAGGCCAUUGGCGACUGCAACAACGCCGAUAACAGCGGCGGCUUUCAACUUUGUUAGAUCCAUAGAUGUACGACUACCGCAAGCGCAGCUAUGCACGCCUACCGACGCGACGGAGAUGCAUUCUAACGGCCGCCGUGGUGCGUUGCCCAGACCGAGGCUGCGUCAACUGAGUGCACCUGGGGGACCGGAGCCGAAGUUCACUUCACUCAGCCAGCUAGAGACCCGCAGCGUUGACGGGGCCACCACUGCCGACUGUGGCGACAGCGACGUCCUGGAUGGCUUUACUGAGGGCGACGAGGGCGACGACCCGAGCCCUCGAGUGGCCCUUAGGGCCGCAGGGAUGAUUUUCCCACGCUAA